CGUCAAACACUUACCAGAUGAGCCAUCUGCUGCUUCUGCGGCCGCCUCUUGAUCACGACUUGCAAGAUGGUCGGCAGGCUUCUCGCCCACACCCAUAGUCGCAGUGCUGUCUUUGGUGGCGAUGACUUGACUGAUGCAAAUCUUCCACCACCUUCUACGCUUGCCGCUCAGCUUGUGAGGAACCAUGUCGAGACUGCUCGUGGUGUCCAUCAGCCAGAUACCACCGUCCCAUUUCGCCAACUUCUCCAGGAGUUGUUGAACAAGACCUCAGUCCCCGAAACUGAUGUCGAAGUCAACCAUAAAUUGAUCAAGGUUGUUGUCGAGGCAGGUCUGGAUGUCCUGUUUCAAGACAAUCCUUUUCCUCAAUGGGGAUUUCUGCUGCCUCAGGCAGUCGACAGUCUUGCUGUCAUCCAAUCCACCAUACAGAGACAACCCGAGAUCCUGUUCCAGGGAGGUCCACAACCGAACCUGGAGCAACAUCCACAUCUCUUGCUUUGGCUCUUCCCCAAGCUGCUCAUGAUUUCGAAGCAUUCCAAAGGCGACCAACUGCAAGCUUCUUUGGCUUCCCUUUUGUCCUCAUUAGUCUUGGCUUUGUCGAAGACCUUGGAUCUGUGGCCACACGCGAAAGCAGUUCUUCACAUGCUUCGCGAUUGUGUUACUGACGUAUUCUUACUGCUUCAAGAUAAUCGCAUUUUCUCCAAGUCUUCGCCACAAGUACCAGGUGUAUUGCUCCCACCCGCCAGGAGCACAUCGAACGCAUGGCCCGCAACAGAAGACGAAUCCGCUCUAUUGCUGGGCCAUCAAAUAAUUACCAAUGAUGCUCUAUCAGCCAUCAGAAUACAGCUGCUGCUCGUCUCCACCUUAAGAGACAUUGCCUCGACAAGAGCAGCGCUCAGUCAAUUUCAGACCUCGACCGUGCCGCUGCACAAAUGGCUGUUCGACUCGGUCGGCUGCUUGAGUCGCAUUCUAUUUCAGCAUAAGUCCUGGCUCGACCAACAUUCUUUCUUUUCUUUGUUUGCCCUGCAAAUCAUGCGUCUUCAUAAUAUCUGUUUGAACGGCUCGUUUGAUGCGAGCCCCCGAAGCCGCAUCUCUUAUUUGCUCGGUAAUCUUUGCGAAUUUUGUUCAAAACUCAUUGUUUACGAAGGCAAAUCACCGCUGGACAACGAACUACAGCGAGAACUUGCGUCAACUCUCGAACUCUUGGUCGAUCGCCUUAACUCAGAUUAUGCGUACAUAAUCGAGGAGUUCCUGCUUCCCUCCAUUAGGGUUUUUGCUCUCGACACGUCGAAAUUCGAGACCGCCACUGAGUCUUUGCGGCAAGUACUCGAGAAGUAUUUGUCGAGACACGAUACCAAGGGACAAGUCUUUGGACAGAAUGGCUCUGCAGACCAAGCUGAUACAGUAAUGAGAGACGAUGCUCCUCUGCCUUCCAAUGAAGCGACAUUUUCGCAACCAGCCCCUUCGUCCAGGUCUCUGCGCGUAGGUUUAGUGAGCGCUUCCAAGCCUGAUCACAUGUCAAACGGCCAAUUCGAAGACCUUUAUCAGACUCUCAAACGAAGAGUUGCCAUUCUUCUGGGCAGAGAGAGCGAUACAACUCCAGGUGGCCAGAAACAUGACGCUGUAACAUGCUAUGCGUCCAUGCCCGAAGAGCAACGAAGCAAAUUUUGGCGAAUGAUAGGGUCCUGCGCUUGUGCUGCUACGAACAACAUGCACAACGGAAGGUGUUCGGUGUGCGAUGGCGAUCGUCGUCUACGCCAAGAACCUGCCAAAAACACCUGGGAAGAGAACGAUAGAUCCGAGGACUGGACCGAGAUGUUCUUGUUGCUCACAGAACUUUUUGAAAGUCAAGAUCUUCAGCUAUCUAACAGGGAUAGAGUGCUUGCCAUCCUAGCAAUCCGGUCACUCGUGCUGCACAAUAAAGAUCCCACCUACCUUGAUCUUGGCAAUUCGUUUUUGGCCGAAUGGUGCUUGAAAUACUUACACAGUUCUUCAAGGGAACUACGGAUCGCCGCAGGUCGAACGUUAGCUGCGUUUCUCCGCGAGGGAUUGCCCGUCGAUCUCCGUAAUAAGAACCGACAGCUUGCCCUCAACUUUCUGAGAGCUCUGUCAACGAAAGACAUUGUUGGUCAGCAUGAGACUCUAAUCCUAGCUUGGGGCAGAGUAGCAGUGGUAUGCGGAGAAAAGGAACUCAAUCUGGCAUUACUCAGGCUGGUCGAUUACUUGGGUCAUCCGAAUUCCCUGGUUUGCUCUGUUGCAUACAGCGAGUUGGAAGAUAUCGCUGAAACCCUGUCACUUUCUCCACAGACUCUGCUCAAGCCUUUCUAUCGCAGCAUUGCCGUCGCAGUCGUCCAAGAUCUUACCACUAAACCUCAGAAAGCGCAACAGCUUGCCGAGUUUCUAGGUAUGAGCGUGAGCCACUUUCUGCUACUGACACAAAGAGACACUGUACCUUUUCUCGUCUUGACAAGGAAGAAGGAUAUUCUACAGCGAAUUGCUUCGGCUCGUAGUGCAGAGACCAACAUACAAGAUAUGUGUCUUCAGCCGCCAGCUAAUCUUGCAGCUGUAAUAUCUACAUUGCUUUUCCAACCAUCCAGCGAUGUGGAAGGCAAUGCGACCAGAUGUCUCGCUGAGGUGGCUCCUGGAUUUCAGAGUAGCGAUCUAGGAAGUCUGGUCAGAUCGAAUCCUGUUUUGAUCGCAUGCGAGAUGCUCAAAGCUGCUGGAGAUGAAGACGAGUCAAAUGCAUCAAAGGCACAGCAGGCAAUCCAGAUCUUUGCCAUGUUGGUCGAAGGAAAACCAAGCCAUUCCAAGCCCAACGCGAAAACUAGUCGCAUGGUUGUCAGUUUCUUCGAGGCCCAUGUCUUAGGAAUAAUGACCGAGUUUUCCAACUCCAUCGACAACGCCUUAUCGCUAUCUUCGUCCGAGAAGCUCCGCUGUGUCAAAGCGAUAGAACAAAUGAUCAUACUUGCUAAGAGCAAAGUCAGCGUGGCACUUCCUCAGAUAAGGGCAUGCCUCCAAAGCGCUAUUGACCAGCCCAAGCUUCAAGAUUCGGCACUGUCUGCCUGGCUUACUAUGGUCAACGUUCUAGAGGGUGAUGAUGUUGCUGACAUGGUUGAUCACACCUUUGCACUUGUUGCUCAACAUUGGAACGAUCUUUCGUCAACUCUACAGAUGAAGACUCAUGACACCAUAAGCGAAAUUCUCAAGACUCACAGCAACGUGAUUCGAGAGAAGCUUAUGACUAUACCAUCCUUAGCUUCAAUCCCGUUGAUGUCCAAGAUUGGUGGUGAAAUUCAGCGGCUCAAGAAGGACGAGCGUCCAGAAGUGCAUCUUCGCGCAUUUGCCAAGCGACUGCACGAUGAGAAUGUCGCUAUUGUCACUCAAGGACUCCGCGAACUGGUUCCCUGGCUCGGCGAGAACCAAGGCUUCAUCCACGAGGCAGCUGUCAGCGAACAACCCAAGACUGCGAUAGCAGAUAUCAUGCGUGCUCUUUUAGACGUAUGUACGAAGUACGCCAAUACUGAUUCAGCUGUUGUUGAUCUCAGCGCACAAUGCAUUGGAAUUAUCGGCUGUCUGGAUCCAAACCGCAUCGACAUGAUUAGUAGCAAGCGACAAGUGCUUGUGCUUUCGAACUUCGAAAAAGCAUCCGAGGUUAUCAACUGGGUUGCUAUUAUGCUCGAAGACGUCCUGGUUCCAGCGUUCAAGUCUUCCACCAACGCCCGAGAUCAGGGCUUUCUGGCUUAUGUUAUGCAAGAGCUGGUCCGCUUCUGUGGUUUCAAUGAAGCUGCAGCGGCGCGUCUGAGACCAUCACAAGCUGGUCCCGCAUACAAUCGCUGGACUGAGAUGACAGAAAGCGUCCGGAACACCCUCACGCCAUUCUUGAGCUCAAGAUAUCUGCUCAAUAGCAACUCGUCUGUUCAACCCGGGAAGCGAAAUUACCCAGUGUUUGCCGUUGGAAAACGCUACAGCACAUGGCUUCGCGAAUGGGCAUACGACAUGUUGUGGAGGGGCAAAGGUGACAAUGCAGAGAUGGUGUUUCCUAUUUUAGCCCGAAUCAUCACUCGACAUGAUAUCUCGAUUGCCAGCUUCCUACUACCUUACGUCGCACUCAACAUCGUCCUUGGUGGUACGGUACAGGAGGCCAAAGACGUUGGAAUUGAGAUGUUGACAGUCCUGUCGUCUGAAUCACUUGUCGAGUCCGAGCGAGAGGCUCUUCGACAAUGCAGCGAAAAUGUUUUCACUGUUCUGGACUAUAUGUCAAAGUGGCUACAGGAAAAGAAGCGAACCAUGGCUGCGCACCGAACUGCAGCUAUGCGGGCUGGCCAUGCCCUCUCAGAAGUCGAAGAGGCUAAAGACAAGGGCCAGAUCGAAAGUGUUGAGAGUGUGAUAAGGUCUAUACCUGCAGACAUUAUCGCUCAACGCGCCAUGGAGUGCGGCUCAUAUGCACGUGCUUUGUUCCAUUGGGAGAGCUAUAUCCGAGACCAGUCUCAGAGGCAAGGAAACCAAGAUGCCAAAGAGCACGAUGCUAUGUUUCAACGAUUGCACUCCAUCUACUCUCAAAUCGAUGAGCCUGACGGUCUCGACGGCAUCUCGGCACACCUCAACAUCCUCAGUCCUGAACAACAAGCUUUCCAACAUCAGAGGACUGGCAGAUGGUCAGCGGCACAAAGUUGGUACGAACUUGAGCUGAUCAAGUCACCCUCGAAUACAAAUCGUCAAAUCGACCUCCUGAGCUGCCUACGAGAGUCUGGCCAGUAUGAUCAAGUCUUGCGGUAUGCAUCCUACUACAAAGGCAAUUCUAAUGCUGGUGAAAAGAGUCCACUCUUGUCUUACAUGACCGAGGCAUGCUGGAUCACUGAAAGGUUUGACACUCUCAAGGAGACUCUAUCUGGUCUGCCAGAGGAAAACCAAAAUGACUUCAAUGUCGGUGUUGGCAAAGUGCUCCUCGCCAUGCAAGAGAAGGACCAAGACUCGACAUCAAUUAUGAUCAACAAACUCCGUAACAUUGUGGUCAAAGGCAUUACUUCGGUCUCUGGAAGUUCGCUCCAGGCUUGCCACGACGUUCUUCUCAAGCUCCAUAUUGUGUAUGAGAUCGGAGCUCUCAGUGGAGUGCUCGAUGUUCCCAGCACUCAGGAUUCACCCUCUGCAUCAAUCCUUGGGGUCAUGGACAAGCGCUUGGCUGUGGUGGGAGCAUACAUCACAGACAAGCAGUACUUGCUUGGAAUUCGACGUGCUGUCAUGCGGCUGUCCAGUGUCGAUUUCUCGGAUGUUAGUAUCGGUACUUCAUGGCUGACGACAGCUCGUCUUGCUCGAAAGACAAAUGUAUCGAGCAUCGCUCACUAUGCUGUACUCAACGCUUUCAGCUGUGGAGACGAUGCAGCUAAGAUUGAACACGCCAGACUUCUCUGGAAGGACGAUCAACACAGACAAGCUAUCCAGAGUCUCGAGGGCGCUAUUGCAUCUAACACAUUCGCAACUUACGACCAAAGAAUGGUAGAUACUAGCAAUCCCGAAGAAGCACAGCAGAAACAGAACAUGCUUUCUGCUAGGGCACAUUUGCUGCUCGCGAAAUGGCUGGACGCCUCUGGACAAACACAAGCAACGAAGAUCGCAAGCAAGUAUCAAUAUGCGGCUAGACACCACUCGAGAUGGGAGAAGGGACACUACUAUCUCGGAAAGCAUUAUAACAUGCUUUUGGACGCUGCGAAAAUUCUCCCCAUAUCCAAGCAGCCAGAAAAUUACAUCACGGGUGAAUUGACCAAGCUCGUCAUCGAGAACUACUUGCGAUCGGUACCGUUUGGAUCCAAGUACUGGUACCAAACAAUUCCAAAGAUCAUCACACUCUGGCUGGAUCUUGGUAUGGAGUGCAUGCAAAGAACCAGAAACGACGCACAGGCUGAGGUGACGGCCAAACGCUCACACUUCCUUGAUCUGAUUCACAAGCAGAUGAGGAAGUACUUUGACCGAAUUCCUCCCUACAUCUUCUACAACGCUCUUCCUCAGAUGAUUUCACGCAUCACUCAUCCGAACCCAAAAGUCUAUGAGAUCUUGCAAAUGAUCAUCUCAAAGAUCGUCUCGUCACAUCCCAGUCAAGCGCUCUGGUUCUUGCUAGCGGUAUGCAAGGCUUCUGUGCCAGACAGAGCAAGUCGUGGUGUGGCCAUCAUCAACAAGCUUAAAGACCCGAAGACUCGGCCCAAGAACGAAUCUGCUAGCUUGGACUUGCGCGUAAUGAUCACUCAUGGUCAGAAGUUGUCGGACGGUCUGCUACAGGCCUGUGAGAUCCACAUCGAAACGCGAUCAGCCAACGUCAGUCUGUCGAAGGAUCUGAAUUUCAACCACAAGUUGGCACCUAAUCCUCUUGUCAUACCUCUAGAGUCAACCUUGACAGCCAACGCUCCGGUUGUGCAAGACGCCUUCCAUAUCCGGAAGUUUGUGGCGUUUGCACAGGAGCGCAUCACUAUACAAAACUUCAGUGAUGAAGUAUUGGUGCUCAACUCGUUGCAACGGCCACGCAAACUGACAGUGAGAGGUUCCGAUGGCAAACAAUAUGGACUGUUGUGCAAGCCGAAAGAUGAUCUCAGAAAGGAUCAGCGUCUCAUGGAAUUCAACACGAUGAUCAAUAGAGCUCUUAGACGAGACACCGAGUCCAGCAAGCGACGUCUGUAUAUCAAGACUUAUGGUGUGACGCCCUUGAGUGAAGAGUCAGGUACCAUUGAGUGGGUAGAAGGCAUCAAGCCUUUGCGCGAUAUCCUCCUCAAGCUUUACCAGCGAAAAGGCGUUCAACCCAACUACAACGAACUCCGAGUUUUCCUUAGUGAGGCAAGCGCGAGUCCAGCAAACGUCGAUAUCUUCAACGAGAAGGUGUUGAAGGUGUUCCCAUCGAUCCUGCACGAAUGGUUCGCUGAGAUGUUCCCUGAGCCAGACUCAUGGUUUGCAGCUCGUCUGAGGUACGCACGCUCGGCAGCAGUGAUGUCCAUGGUUGGACACGUACUGGGACUCGGCGACCGACACGGAGAGAACAUUCUGCUCCAAGAAGAUACUGGCGGCGUCUUCCACGUCGACUUUAACUGUCUCUUCGACAAGGGUCUCACUUUCGAAAAGCCGGAACUCGUACCAUUCCGUCUGACACACAAUAUGAUAGCUGCAAUGGGAGCCUAUGGAUACGAAGGUCCAUUCCGCAAGUCGGCUGAGUUGACACUGGGCUUGCUCCGACAACAUCAGGACACUUUGAUGAACAUUCUCGAGACAUUCUUGCACGACCCUACCACUGACUUUAUCGGCAAGAAGAAAAGAACGACACCCGGUGUACCCGACACACCACAGGAAGUCCUUGAAUCGAUCAGCCAAAAGCUCAAGGGAUUCCUCAGAGGAGAAACUGUGCCGUUGAGUGUAGAAGGACAUGUCAAUGCGCUGAUUGGACAGGCUACCGAUCCGUGGAACUUGUGCCAGAUGUAUAUUGGAUGGUGCGCAUUCUUGUAGGGAUAUUUGAGAAAGAGGGAUGAUUAUGAUUCGGAGUUUUGGGUGGGUAGAACAACCAUAGAGUGGUUCGGCAUACGGUGUCAUUGAUCUGGGAUAGAUGGUGGGGAGAUGAGGGUGGGAACGCACACAGAACAUGGUGUCCAGUUCGAAGAAGGUGCUUAUACAGCAUGCCUGUCCAUACCAGUCUAUUUAUUGUACUCAAACAACGUUCCUAGUGACCUCGAACCUGGACGCCUCUGCAUAUGGUGGGCAUCGAGGAAAUAUUCAAUCGUGAUGUAUAUCUAAAGGCCAGGGUCAUACCAUUCACAAUCAAUUUCGA